AUGGCUUCCAUUUCACUUCCUCCGCAGUCCCAGGCGGGCUUCCCGUCACAUUUCGAUGCCUCGAAUCAGUCCGACGCCAGCUCCGAUCGCCGACCAUUGCCUAAUCCACCAUUUGUCUUUCCAGCACGGGAUCCUGACGCCCCCAACACCCAAUUGGAGACCCCUGAGCGCCGGGAGCGGGCCGCAUUGCCUGCAUUCUCUUUUAAUCCCGGAUCAGAACAGCAGUCCUCACACCUCUCCGCGCCAUCCUCGUCAAAUCCUCGCGCGGGCGGACACCGUCGGCGACCAAGCGAGUUUGUUGGGACCGACCAUUUGGUAACACCGGAAACAGUUGGACCAGGUCACAAACGGGCGUCUUCUAUGGCAGAUCAACCUAUUCCUCCUCCAGGGCCUGGUGUUGGUAGGGUUCCUGGACGACGGAACCAUGCCCAUCGUCGUUCGGCUGCGAUAUCUAAUGUCGACUUGAAUGCCAUCACCAAGGCGCUUGGUCCUAAUUCUGCGGCUGGGAGUUCGCCUUGUACACCCGCCGAUCCUAGCCACAAACCUGCGUCCGAUCUUCCUUCGCGACCGCUCUCUCAAUCCGCUACUAGCCUCGGGCGCCCCACGCCCCCUGCGUCUCCUCGAUUCCCUCCCGUGCCUCCCAUUCCGGCUGCUAUUCAAGUGGAAAUGGCCUUGGACAACGAGGCAUCCAAUUCCGAACGACCAGUCCCUGCUGUUUCGCAUGGUAUCUCGGAUAGUAUGGCCACAAUCAAGUUGCAGCAACAGGCGGAGAAGCCUACUUUCUCAGACCGGAUAACGCCAAGAUCUAACUACAGCCCAAAACCUCGGCCAAAAACUGCCGAUGCCUCUUUGGUUAUGGAUUUUAUGCAGAUGGGUGAUGACUCAGGAUCCUCUAUCAAACGUUCGCACUCAGCCGCUGGGCACUCGCGCUCUCGAAAGAGCAAAUCAACACCGCAUCUCGAUUCUACUCUCUCGCCCGAUGAUAUCCAGUCGACAGAUAACUGCCGGCCUUCAUUUUCGGACGAUGGUUCUGAUACAUCUGGCGAUGAAGCGACAGAGAAGUCGUCUAACAAAUCCCCUAUCAAGUCGAAAAAGAAGAAGCAGAAACGUGUUCGCUCUUGGGCCGGUCACAUUCUAACUCGAACCAAGAGUAAGGGUAAGGGUAAGCGCCAUCUGAAGGCUGACACAGAGGAGCAGCCGCCUGUACCUCGCGUUCCUGCACCUCGUCCCCCUGCUCUUACUCGGACCAACUCGGGGACCGGAUCUGUUUUGGAUGUUGAUUUUGAUAAUGACGAUGUCGUUGUCAUCCGGACUCCGACCAAUCCGACAAUGCCUUCUUCUGCCCUUGAGCCCAUUCAAAAUAAUUGUCAAACCGAUGGUGGUUCUUUGUCUGCACAAUCUCUAGAGACCUCGUGGAAACCGAGAAGUUUCUAUGAACAGGAUGUCGGCCCGCACGACAAUGUACUGAGUAGCCCUAUCAUCGACCUCGAUGCGGCGCUUGGUCCCUUCAACACUCCGGAUAUGCGACCCGUGACGCAGGGUGCGCACAACAACAACUUUUCGGUUGCAACUCAGCGGAUGUACAGCGGCGGAAGACGGGGUGAAUUUGUUGGUCCAGAGAUGCGGUACCAUCGGCGCACCGAAAGCGCUCCAGCGAUGCAACCAUUCGACCGGACUGCUCUAGGCGCAUUCCGUUUGGGUCCAGCCUCGGCCGUCGAAGCGCCCGAUGUGUUUGACGAGGAGGAAGAGGAUGCUUUCUUGGCUGCUUCCCAGUCACCCAAAGGCGAGCGGCUUCCGGUAAACCCGCCACCGAUCGACAACGCAGUUUUCUCGUCCUCGGAGGACGAUCAGAAAUCUGUCCACAGUACCAAUACCUCUGGCUCUAGUGAUACUCUGACCCGUGCCCCUGCCGGCAGCAUCUCCUCUCAGAAUGCUGGCUUGGGUAUUCGACAAGGCGAUAAGCGUCUGGGCCAGGAACAGCCGGAGGAUAGAAAUGCCCUUGAGCAGGUACAUAAUGCCAGCAAUCCCUUCACCAGCAACCCUCGAACCCCCGUGGAGAUCUUGAAAACGGAAGAACCUGCACAUAAAGUGAUUGGGCCCCCCAGUCCCGACAUCUCUCCUCGAUUCUUAGCUGUCGACAAGCGACCAGCGACCUCACCCAUUGAGCUGCUGCCUAGCAUUCCACCAUUCGCGUUACAACCAGGAGUUUCGCCGUCGGACUCAUCUUUCCCGUCUCCGGAUGCUCCGCGGUCAAUUGCGGCAUCCUCGAUGACAGACCGGAACUUUUCCAGUCACUCGUAUCAUCACCUUCCUUCGGCGGAACAUCCUUACGCAUCGGUUGAAGAUGUUCCAUCUUUGACCAGCAGUGCGUCGACUAUGACCAACACUCUGAAUCGUUUUUCGGCGGCUUCUUUCUUUCCUCGUGGACGCCUUUCUACCGACCGCGCGGCGUCCUUCUCGGCUGCUGGUACCAGACGUACCAGCCAGGCUAACGCCUCCAAACGCUCUAGUCUUGCUAGCCUUUCCAAGCUAGUCGGUGGUCCCCAUUCUGAGCGGAGCAAGCUCAACCAGGAGGAGAAACCCCCUAGCAACGCAUCCGACAAGACGAAGAAGAAGGGCCACCGUCUUAGCCGAAUGAUGCACUUCUGGAAACCUAAGGACAAAGAAAAGUCAUCCAAUGAGGCCGCACCAGCAAAUGAACGGCCACAGUCAUAG